CACGUGGGAGGGCGUGGCUGCUCCUUGAGAGGUGUGGUUGGUACCUGGGGGUGUGGCUUGUGUCUAGGGGCGUGGCUGCCACUGGAGUGGGCGUGGCCAGCCCCUGCGGCUCAGCCCCGCCCCUUUCCCGCAGGGGGGCAGAAGGCGCGGGUCGUGUUCGCGGAGCUCUCCUGCCGCGAGCCCGACGUGCUCAUCCUGGACGAGCCCACCAACAACCUGGACAUCGAAUCCAUCGACGCCUUGGCUGACGCCAUCAACGAGUACAAAGGAGCGGUGAUCGUGGUGAGCCACGACGCGCGGCUGAUCACCGAGACCAACUGCCAGCUGUGGGUGGUGGAGGAGCAGGGCCUGAGCCAGAUCGACGGCGACUUCGACGAUUACAAACGCGAGGUGCUGGAGGCCCUGGGCGAGGUGGUGGUGCACCGGCCCCGCGAGUGACCGCAGUGACCGCAGUGACCAGAGUGACCGGCACAGUGACCAGAGUGACCACUGGAGUGACCGCAGUGACCAGAGUGACCAGCACAAUGACCAGAGUGACCACAGUGACCACUGGAGUGACCGCAGUGACCGUCAGAGUGGCUGCAGUUACCCGCAGUGACCAGCAGGGGGCAAAGGGAGAAAUAAACGGUGGUGGAGCAAUGGCGGAGUGGGCGUGGUCUAUGGGCUCAUUUGGGUGUGGUCAGUGUGGGUGUGGUCGGUGGUCAAUUGAUGAGGUCAGUGUGGUCAGCACCAGAGUGAUCAGCAGAGUGACCACUGGAGUGACCACAGUGACCACUGGAGUGGCUGCAAUUACCCGCAGUGACCAGCAGGGGGCAGGGAGGAAUAUAUGGUGGUGGUGCAAUGGCGGAGUGGGCGUGGUCUCUAUGGGCAUGGUCAGUGGGUGUGGUCAUUGUGGGUGUGGUCAGUGUGGUCAGCACCAGAGUGACCCCUGGAGUGACCGCAGUGACUGUCAGUGGCUGCAGUUACCCAGAGUGACCAGCAGGGGGCAAAUGGAGAAAUAAACGGUGGUGGAGCAAUGGCGGAGUGGGCGUG